AUGGAUCUUUCAACCAGAGAGGUUGUAGCCGCUUCCAUCGCUGCCUUUGUCGCUUGGCGACUCCUACGGUACCUCUCCACUCGAUCCUACUUGUCCUAUAUACCGGGGCCGCCUUCAACAUCAUGGUGGAAAGGUAACUUCGAGGCCUUCUAUAGUCCGGAUGGAUGGGCAUUCCAUCAAGACUUGUACAGGAAUUAUGGAGGCGUUGCCCGUCUUGACAUGGUUCACGGGAGCCAGGAGCUCUCUGUGGCUGAUCCGCUCGCUUUACAUCACGUUCUAGUCAAAGAGUCGAUGAUCUAUGAGGAAACGGAAGUGUUCACAACAACAUUUGGUCUCACGAUGGGCCCGAGUUUACUGGCUACUCAGGGUGAAGUGCACAAGAAGCAGCGCAAAAUGCUCAAUCCCGUAUUCUCCCUAAAGCACAUGCGCGACAUUCUGCCCAUGUUUUAUCCUAUAACCUAUAAGCUCUGUGACAUCCUGGAAACCGAAGUUGCAAAAGGCGAGAAAUACGUUGAUGUCAUGAAGUGGAUAAGCCGCUCUGCUCUUGAAUUCGUCGGUCAAGGAGGAUUUGGAUACACAUUUGACGCUUUUAAUGAAAAAUCGAAGAAUGCAUACAGCGAGGAUUUGAAGGAGCUCCUGAUUACCCUCAACAAAAUCGACUUUCUUCGUCAAUUCUUCCCAUUAGCGGUUAAGCUUGGCCCUGCAUGGCUUCGACGCAAGCUUGUCGGACUAGUACCAGUGAAAGAUGUCCAUAGGUUGGCAGAACUCACAGAUAUCAUUGAGGGCCACUCGAAGAAAAUUCUCCACCAGAAGAGAGAUGCUUUAGCAAAGGGCGAUGAUGCUGUACGUGAACAGAUCGGACGGGGAAAGGACAUCAUGAGCAUUAUACUGAAAGCAAACUCGGAAGCGAGAGGGGAUGACCGCGUUCCUGAUGGGGAACUUUUAGCUCAUAUGAGUACAUUCAUUAUGGCAGCACAUGACACGACUACUUCCGCGACGAGCCGCAUCCUGUAUGUCUUGUCGAGGCGACAGGAUGUGCAAACGAAGCUCCGAGAAGAGCUCCUCGCGGCUCGUAGGGAACAUGGCGACAUUGACUAUGAUUCACUCAUGGCUCUACCAUACCUUGACGCCGUCUGUCGCGAGACGCUGCGUGUUCACCCACCUGCUACGCACAUCAAUCGCGUGACCAACAAAGACACUGUCCUUCCACUGCUUUGGCCACUUAAGUCUACCGACGGGAAGACUGAAAUCAAGCAGAUCCCUCUCCGAAAGGGUACUGUUGUACACAUCUCUAUUGUCGGCGCGAACAUGAGCAAGACUAUCUGGGGUGAAGAUUCCGAGGAAUGGAAACCAGAACGCUGGCUCAAGCCCCUGCCGAAGAGUGUGGACGACGCGCACUUGCCUGGAGUGUACUCGCAAAUGAUGACUUUCCUCGGAGGCGGCCGUGCUUGCAUCGGAUUCAAGUUUGCUGAAAUGGAAUUAAAACUCGCCCUCUACAUGUUGCUCACGAAAUUCCUCUUUGAGCCGGGACCAGAGAUAUCAUGGAAGAUUGGCUUUGUCCAGCAUCCUGUUAUUAAUGAACCAGGAUUCGAAAACGGUACUGUACCCCUGAAAGUAUCGUUGCUGGCUUAGGCGUGAGGUUAGACGGAGCUAGGAUUGUGUGCAUAGCUUGCUGGACCGGGACCAC